AUGUAUUCACCAACGUUUAAACCAGAUCCUCAAUCUCCAAUGAUGUCCCCAAUGUCAUUCUAUUUGGAUGAUAGUAAAAACAAUAUUCAACAAUUACUAUUGUCACCCACAAAAUUGAAAUUGGACCCUGUUGGAAAUUCAUCAGUUUACAGAACAUCAUUAUCGAAAUUGAACGAAAUGACAAGAACUGGGCGUUCAAGUCAGAGGAGAAAUUCAGACACUUUCAGAUCAACUUCUCCAAUCAGAUUUCCGUUAAUGAACAAUAUUGCUCCAAAAAUGUUAAAACCAGAAUAUAUUGCAGCACCACAAGCAUCAGCAUUACCAUUGCUAUCAACCUUAAUGAAGCAUUCAUCUAAAAAUACAAAAAAUAUGUCACAAUCAAAUAAUCAACAGAAGACAUCCAGUAACCAAAAUAAUAACAGCAUUCCCCCACCCAGCAAUAGCGAGGCAAAUCCAUUCCAAUCGAGAAUGACUAUAAAGGAAACCUUAGAGCAGAUAAAUGUUCAAAAACAAAGGUAUCAAACCAAAGAAAUUCCAGAAAUGUCAAGCAGGAAAUUUCAAGAUGAAAGGACAGAAAAGUUUCGUAACGUAUCAAACACUGAUAGUACAUUAAGUGGAUCUACUUUAAAUGAUAAUAUCAGUAAUAACAUUGAACCAGAACCUUUAAAGCUGGAACAAAAAAUACAGCAAGAAAUACCAGUUACCCAAGCAUCUAAACAAAACAACAGAAUUGUCUCACAUGGCUCAGCUGGAAACAUUAAUCAAAUGGAAUUCGAUGACAUCCCACAAGAGAUUAAUGUCGACUGUUUGCCAACUGAUAGAAAUGGGUUUGUUCAAUUAAAUAACAAAGGUAAUAGAUAUAGUUUUAUUUCAUCCGCAUCUACUGACUUCGAAAUUGACUGGUACAAUCAACUUCAACAGCAGCAAACAGUUCAAUUACAUCAACAAUCACCAAGAUUUCCUGCACCAUCUAAAUCAGAAAGUGAUGAAUCAAUUAAAAAUGAAUUGAGAAUCAAAAGACUAGAAUUAGAGAUAGGAGAAUUGAAAUUACAAAAUGAAAAACUAAUUCAUUCACUAUUGGUAACAGAAAAGACAGAAAAGGCUAUGUCUCCAAAUUCAGAUGGAUACCAUGUAAGACAUCAUAAGAAGAAAAAUAUGCAAAAUAAAGUUGAUAGAUUAGAGAAAAAAAUUGACCGUUAUAGAUCAAUGAUGAACAAACUAGUAGAUAUGCACUCUUCGAUAAGUGUACAUCAUAACAGCAGCAAUAAUAACAAUCAAUACGGUAAUAUUGACGAAACAAGCUCUGUAAGAACUAGAAUAUCACGUAUUUCUGACGCUGACUUACAAAGAAUCCAAGACUCUGCAUCUUCAGGAUCAUCAUCAUCCGAACUAGAUGAGGAUGAUGAGAAUGAUGAAGACGAAGAAUUAGAAGAUGAAGAAGAGUUAUUAGAGAAUUUAAGCAGAAUAAAUGACUUAAACGACAUGUCAAAUAUAACAUUCAUCACCAAAGAUAGUGAAAAUACAUUAGAACGUCAUAAAUCACUUAAAAGAGAAUCAACGAUCGGAUCAAAAAAGAAAGUAGGAUUUCAUCUAAAUCUACAAUUUGAAAAAUAA